CUCCCCUCCUCUUUUUCCCUCUUGUCCCCUCCCCUCCGCCGGUCGGGGAAGCCAGCACCCGCAGCGUCCGCACAAGCUGCCCUCGCCCCCUUCCCGCUCCGGAGGUCAGCCUUCGGGCCCUCGCCGCCAGGAUGUGGCAGUCCGUAGCCGUCCUCUGCUGUCUGCUGGCCCUGACAAGCAUCCAGGCUGGAGCCUCCUUCUCGCCCCUGUCCCUGGAGAUGACCAACUACAUCAACAAACUGAACACCACCUGGCGGGCCGCCCACAACUUCCCCCAUGCUGACAUGAGCUAUGUCAAGAGGCUGUGCGGGACCUUCCUGAAUGGCCCAAAACUCCCAGCGAGGGUGGGACUAGCCAACUCUGACAUGAAGUUGCCCGAAAACUUUGAUGCACGGCAACAGUGGCCCAACUGCCCGACCAUCAAAGAGAUCAGAGAUCAAGGGUCCUGCGGUUCCUGCUGGGCGUUCGGUGCCGUGGAGGCAAUCUCGGAUCGGGUCUGCGUCCACACCAAUGGCCAGGUCAGUGUCGAGGUGUCCGCCGAGGACCUGCUGACAUGCUGCGGCUUGGAGUGUGGCAUGGGCUGUAAUGGGGGCUACCCCACUGGAGCCUGGACCUACUGGACCAAGAAGGGCCUGGUGUCCGGAGGUCUCUACGACUCCCAUGUGGGCUGCAGACCCUACUCCAUUCCUCCCUGUGAGCACCACGUCAACGGCUCCCGGCCCCCCUGCUCCGGCGAGGGUGGAGAUACCCCCAAGUGCAGUAAGAAGUGUGAAGAUGGCUACACCCCCUCCUACAAAGAGGACAAGCACUUUGGCUCCAACUCGUACAGCGUCCCAUCCAACGAGCAGGAGAUCAUGGCCGAGAUCUACAAGAACGGCCCAGUGGAAGGAGCCUUCUCCGUGUAUGAGGACUUCCUGCAGUAUAAGUCUGGAGUGUAUCAGCACGUGACUGGGGAUGAGGUGGGGGGCCAUGCCAUCCGCAUCCUGGGCUGGGGUGUGGAGAAUGGGACCCCCUACUGGCUGGCUGCCAACUCCUGGAACACAGACUGGGGCGAGAACGGUUUCUUCAAAAUCCUGCGUGGCAAAGACCACUGCGGGAUCGAGUCGGAGAUCGUGGCUGGGGUUCCCCGCACAGACCUGUACUGGGGCCGGAGGAGCUGAACGGCUGCAGGGUGGCCAGCACGGGGACCGGACCUGGUCCUGCUCAGAGGGACGCUCGGGGGGGUGGGCAGGGGACUGGGUGGGGGGUGGGAGACCCUGACCAUGCUUAUAAGAAGCUGGGGGGUAAGGGGGGUGGGGGUGGGUGAUGAGGCAGGGGGGAGAGGUGUUGGCAGAGAGAAGGGAGGGUAGGGGUAGUGGGCUGUGCAUACAAACCGCUCAGACCAACCCUAGGGCACGGCCUGAGCCUGCUGGAGCUUUUUUAAAUUUUUUGGUUUUUAAAGUUUUAUUUUCUCCCCCCUCUGUGGCUUCUCCCUCUCUACCCCUCAGGUCAGAUCUGCCCACUUAAGUGCAGAGUUGGGGUGGAAGGGAUGAUGCCAGUCUAAUCAGAGACCUCCCUCUUGUCCUCCAGGAGGAGGAGAGAGAAGGAGGUCUGAGCUGGGACUGGAUGUGAUGGGAGGGAGGGGGUAGAGAAGGGGGCAUUUCCAAUUGCUUUUGACUCUUCUCUCCCCUCCCCAUCAGCAUGUGACCUUUCAUUUCCCCUCCCACAAGCCCCCUUAAUUAGCAUUUCCUUCUGGGCCUGUGAGAGAGGGUGGGGCACAGCCACCGGUCCCUAGUCAAGGGACCAGGCCUUUCUACCAGAUUUCUAUUUUUUAUUUUUUAACACAGCUGGAGCACAGUUGUGAGGAAGGUAUCCCCAGGGGAGAGAGGGCUGGGGCCUGGCUGGGGGCAGGAGAGGAAGAGACAAAACCUGCCCUGUGUUUUGCACACUGUAACCCCCUCCAGUGCUACUUUGGAGGGGCUCAGAAUGGACAGUCUCAUCUGACAAUAAAAGGUUUCCCUUCCAGGGCCUGUUAGACCCAGCGGCCUGACCGUGGCGGUUA